AUUUUAAAAGUAGUGUGGACAUUAGUGAUAAGACAUUAAUUAAAAUAGCUUCAUCAUAUCCAAAUUUAAAACAUCUUAAUUUAUGGGAUAAUCGAAUAAUAACUGAUGAAGGACUAUGUCAAAUUGCACAAUCAUACAAUAAAUUGGAAUAUCUAAAUAUUUCUUAUUCAUAUUGGAUUACUGAUAGAACUGUAAGUUGUAUUUUAAACUCAUGCUCUAAUUUACGAUGCUUAGAGUACCUUGAUUUCGCCUAUGUUAUGGCUUUUCGAAAUAAUUCCCUUAUUGUAGCUAUUAUCGGAUCUUCUCCAAAUUUAAAAUAUUUGAUAUUUCUGGUUGUUGAAGUAGUAGCUAGUACAUGCCAUAAAUUGGAAUAUCUUGAUCUUGGAAGAGUGGGAGGUGGAAACACAUCUAAUGAACAGAAUCUAGAAGAGAAUCCUAUGAGCUCAUAUCUGCCUCUACCUAAUCCAAUCUUUACUGAUAUAAUUGAUGAAAGUGAUUUUAUUUCUGCAUUCAGAUUUUUGGAAAUCUCUAUGUGUAGUAAUAAACUUCUCAAGAAAAUUGGUAGCAUAAUUAGCAGAAAGUUGACUCCUGAAAAAAAAAAUAAUAAAUUUGUCAGAGAAGAAACCACAGCUCCACUUGGAUUGAUCAUAAUCCCACCUACAUUUUUCUCUAAUAUAAAAAAUAAUGCCUGUCUUAGUAAUAAAAAAUCUAUCAUGAUUCCAACUAAAGUACUCAUAGAAAAAUCUAACCCUAAAACACAUAACUAUAUUUUAUUGGGUAAUAAUUGGUUUUAUGAUAGAAAGUAUAAUAAUGAUGAACUUCAAACAUACAUACCUGAAAUUGUAAUCGACACAGAAGAUGCUUUUGCUAUAAUAUCAGUUAAUAAAAGAGAUAUUCAUGAUUUUUACAAAAUACUUCCUAGAAAAUCAAAAGAUUCAUUGUAUUGCAGAUCAAAUAUCUCUAUAACUUCCGAUUCGAGUACUUCGAAUGUCGAUUCCAUAUCUAGUUCGAGCCUUGCCUAUGCUUUGCAUAAUGGAGCUAGUAUCUCUGAUACAAAUCUCAUCAUAUUAUAG